AACCUGGUGCACAAACUUACUGUUUUCUAACUGCAAGUGCAACGUAGAUUUUUUGGAGGCAAAAAUGGCUUCAAAAGAUUUGAAGUUAGCCAUAAAUCUUCUCCAAACUUACGGUGGAAGGGACAAAGUCAUGAGAAUCAUAUCUUAUGGAUCGCUACUGCUUUCUGGCCUCGUGAAAUCACCGUCAAAGUCAAAGAAACUAUUGACAAUUUUCACGGAACUCAGUGGAUGCCGAACGAUUCUACGACUGUUCGAUGAUUUGCCGAUGUUGGGGUAUUCGCUAUCGUAUGGGUUGGGUGCGCAGGAGAAGAGCCUGUGGCUUCGUGUCCUGAGCCUCGCCAACAAUCUGAUUGACCAGCUGUACUUCCCCCUGGAGCACAUAGCUUGGGCCGCCGACAAGAAGCUCAUCGAUGUCUCGUCAUCGCCUUGGUGGAUACUUUGCAUAGUGGCCUGGGGGUUGUCCCUGAGCAUUAGCAUACUUAGGAGUUUAAUGACACUCGUGAGCUUGAGGAGAUCACGGAAGAAACUGGAGCAGGAGAUCCAAAUGGAAGACCCCUGUUGUAGCUCCGGCAGGCAAGAGUCGUCGGUCGUGGAGGGACAGCAGAUUUCCCGUCUCAAGGAGGCGGAGCGUGCCCACCUCCUGGAGGUGCUGAAGUAUGCCACGGACCUCUGCAAUGCCAUCCACUGGAUGCCGGUGGGUUUCCUCUGGGGAGGCAAGCUGUCCGACGCCACCGUGGGCUUCCUGGGCACCAUCUCCUCCGUCCUCUACCUGCAAGCCGUGGUGCGGCAGACUCAAGCCAGGCUCGCCGCGCAGUGAGUGCGAUGCGAGGCUUGACGUGGCAAGCGUACACCUGCUGGGAGGUGAUUCGUGGAUACAGCGUGUUCACAGCUGUGUGUGAAUCAACAGGCUCUGCCCAGGAGUAACGUGCAAUGCUGUAGCGGAGUCCAUCACAAGUCACCCAGACGUAAGCCAACUCACCAGCGAUACAGAUGAGCCGUGGCAAAAGCGUUCUUUUGUUGUUGUUCACCUCAUUACUAAGGAUGGAAAUUUACGCUUAAUUUGAAAUAUUUGGAAAACCUUCCCACACUGUUUAAAGGUUUAAAUGUGUAAACGUCCCUCUCUUAUCCGUUACUUAUAUCUGGUCUUGCGGACAAACUUGCGAAGAGACGUGUGAAAGGACUUGCGAUUGACUCAACUACAACACUAGGAGCAUGCAUAUCUACCGACAGCGGCUCCCAAAGCCAGCCGGUGGCCUUCAUAGACAUACAUUUUAUCUGCAGCCACAGCCGUUACUUUCCAAGCACUGCCUUGUUAAUUCAGAGCCCCUUCUGUAUUUGCUUUCGAUACCCCUGUGAAAAAUAACGUAUGCCCCCGGGCUCCUUCUCAGAAAUUUCACUCCGGUCCCGCUAUUGAGCCGAAGACAAGUAGUUCUAAACAGAAGCCUACCUGAAAAGGUGUUAACUCCCCAUUUCGGAUUCUACACACCACAUUUCGUCAGACAAAUGAUUAGUUGUCACUUGUGGUUCACCACAGAGCGGCCAGAGCGUCUUCCGAGUCUUCUCAACGCUCCCGAAAAUCAUCUCCCAGUACUUUUUAUGACCCCUGCAAGGAAGAGUGCGAGAGGUGUUCAAUCCUAUGCAAGACUGCCAUUGCAAAAAUUGACGUUUCUACUUGCAGUCACAGGGCAAUUUUUACAUCGCAAAAAUUGACGUUUCAACUUGCAGUCACAGGGCAAUUUUUACAUCGCAAAAAUUGACAUUUCUACUUGACGUCACAGGGCAAUUUUUACAUCGCAAAAAUUGACGUUUCUACUUGACGUCACAGGGCAAUUUUUACAUCGCAAAAAUUGAGUCAUGGGAUAUGAUGCUUCCGCCCUGUUCAGCUGAACUUCAGCACUGUGGGGAACCUGCAGUUGGGUCUAAUGGUAAGGCGACACGCAUGUUAACUUACCACAGAGCCUGCCGUGCAGUUAUAAUGGAUCUUUGCCGCGGACGUUUGCCAUCUACAGCUGAAAUAAUCUGCAAGAACUUUGCCGAACUUGAUUG